AGUUUUAGUUUAAAGAAAAUUAUUCCAUAAGUACUAGAUUACUGUACAACAAUCAAAAACUAGAGUAUCUGCAAGUAAGUUCCUGCUGGUCUGAAAGGCUUAUGGUACAACAUAUACUGUUAGCUAGUAGUUUUAACUACUGUGUACCUUAAAUUGCAGGUAGACGGUACAGUUUUUGAUGUGCAAUAUGUGUAGUACUUGCGUAAUAAUUAUCCUGUGAACAUGGUGAAGACCCUGUUUUAAUUUUGGUGAUGAGUUAUAUUGUGGCGGUGUUUUUUUAAGACAUGGUAAAUGUCACCAUCAAAUUUAAGGAAUUUAUUUAGCAUUCUCUCUUUCUCUUUAAAUGACUAAUUUUUUGUGCUUUGCAUUUUUUGUAAAAAGUUUUAUUAUUAUAUUUUAUUUUUGAAAACAGUUAAAGCUAUUUGAAUAAAAUACAAAUUAUUUCCUUUUAUUGUUCUUCCAUUCAAAAAUUAUUUCUUCUAAAACCCAACAAUAUAUGUACCACAUAAGAAGGCAAAAUGAAAAACAGUCAUGACAAACCAACAAAAACACACACAUAUAUAUGUGUGUUGUACAUGAUGCUUUAUUAGUUAACUGUAAUUCCUCUUUUCUAUACAUUUAGAUUUGAGAUGGAAAGAAAGUUUUUGACAGUAAAGUUUGGAAGUCAGAACAAGAAAAUUGCAGUUCAGGAAAUUAAUUUCAGUAAUGUGGUAGAACUGGUCAAAGACAGAUUUGCAGUUAAAUCACCUGAUAUAAAAUAUUUUGAUGAGGAUGUUGGUGACUGGGUUGAUUUAGAGAAAGAUUCUGAGGAGUACAUCACUGACCUCAGAAUCUUAAAGUUGACAGUCGUCGAGACUGACAAAGGAACAGCAGCAGAAGAACCAGCAGCACCAAAUAUUGAGCCCUCUGACUUGCCCACCUUAAACAGCCCUUCUACUUCAACUCUGAGUCGUCCAUCAACCCCAUCAAGCAGGGCAUCCACUCCCACAAGCAGACCACGCACCCCAAAUACCAACUUCUCUGAGAGCUCAACAUCAAAAAGUCAAGACAAAUCAUGGUGUCGCCAGUACAAGAUACCAAAAUCAAGCAUGUCCAGGACAGUUUUGAUGAAAUUAGAUAACAAAGAAGAAUUAACAACAGCCGAAAGAAGAAAUCUUCUUGAUGGCAUCUACAAUGAUGUCACAAGAUUUGCUGGGGGAAUGUAUCCAACAUCUGAGAUGUAUGAAGAUAUUGUGGAUGGACUAAUGAGAGAAUACCCAUAUCUCUUAACAUACAGGGAUUUGCCACCAGCCUCUGCAAGAGUAUGUAAUAAAACAAGUGAAAGGAGUCAACGCAUAAAUAAUAUGAAUCAAGCAAUUUAA